AUGACCAAAGGCUGCUACACCUGCCGUCGCCGGCGCAUCAUCUGCGACAAUGGCCUCCCUACGUGUCGAAAGUGUCGAGAUGCGGGGAAGGAAUGCUUGGGCUAUCAGAAACCCUUGGUCUGGGUGAAGGGCGGUGUGGCCAGUCGAGGAAAAAUGAUGGGACGCAGCUUUGAUGAUGUUGUGCAGAACACUUCAGAUCGCGGUAGUGAGGACGGUUCUCCUGCUGCCGCCGAUCCCCCGCCUCCUGAAGUUGACGCCCAGGGUCAGGACAAUUUGGAUACUGGUUCGUACGAUGUGCCCCAGCCAUCGGCCUUUGAUAAUACCCCUGAUGCGGCACAGUGGGGAAACAACUUCGACUUGGUUGUUCCAGAGGCGAACCUUUCCGUGGUGGACCAUGUUCCCUCGCCGCGGGGCAUGGUUGAUCCAUUAUUCAAAGACAUGGAUUCGUUAUCCCGGUUCUACAUCUCGCAUUUCCACCAGAAUGUAGUGGGCUGUCUCGCGUUUUAUUCCAACGUCAGGAACCCGUACCGCGAUCUAACGGUCUUAGUGGGUGACUCCCCCGUUCUCGCCCAUGCGCUGGCUGCCACUGGGGCUCUACACUAUGCAUUGCUAGCGAGCUGUGACUUCUCACCGACACCGUGGCUGUCGGAUGGCGCUUCGGUCACUGGGGCUCUUCCAUCCCCGCAGGAUGUUGAAAAGGCGGUGAUCAGUUCCAUGGCACGACGCCCUGCUUCCAAGUUCUAUGAACAAUUCUUAAAAUUGAAACAACGCACUCUCCGUCAACUAUCGCUGGACUUGCAAGACCCUCUCAAGCAGAACGAUACCAAGACACUAGCAGUGAUCAUGGUUCUUGCUUUGAUGGAUGCUAUCGAAUCAGGCGACGGCGCAUGGAAGUAUCAUCUGGAAGGCGUCAAGAAACUUCUGAUGAGCCGGCAAAGCAAAAGCCCAUCUAGUCCGACACAACGCAUGAUUGACUGGCUGGACGCAUUUGUACUUGAUGGCUGUCUCGUCAUGCAAGUUAUGGGCGCAACACUCGCAAGGCCAGGCUCCCUCUCCAAACCCUUCUACUCCUCAGACAUGGGCCCAGAAACCCUGAAACGUCUCGAAGAAACCGCCUGGAUAGGAUGCCCCGGCUACCUCCUCGAAGUCAUUUUCUUCGUCCACGAAGGUUGCUCCAACCCCCUGCUCCAACCCCCCACCGCCCUCCUUCAACACAUCCAAGCCUUCGACCCAGUCGCCUGGGCCGAAGAAAUGCAAGGCUUCGUCCGCCUCCCAGACCUCUCCGUCCGGACCGCAUUAGCAACCAUCUGGCGCUCCGCCGUCUACCUCUACACCAGCCGUGUCCUCUCGCGCCCUCGCGCCCACGGCCGCGCAAAAUCCACCAUCCCAGGCCUCCCACCCGACCACAAAGCCAUCACCAACCUCCUCAUCCAGCAAAUCCCCCUAAUCCCCGUCGCAGACGACCACUUCAAAUGCCUCAUCUGGCCGACCUUCAUCGCCGGCGCAGAAUGCGCCGAUCCUUCCCUGCGCCCAAUCCCUCUCCAGACCCUCAGCGCCAUCUACUACGACGUCACAUCCGUGAACGUCCGCAACGCAGCCUGGGUCCUCAGUCUGAUGUGGCAGAAGCGGGACUCGAGACGGGCUCAGCAGCAACAGCAGCAGCAUGAUAAUAACCCCUUUGGGUCCUUUGUUCAUGAUGAUGAAGAUGAUUUCGACUGGAUUCAGGAACUGGAUGAUUCGAGGAUCGAUUGGCUAUUCAUAUGA